GCACUGGCCUUCAGACGUCGCAGAAGUGUGUUCCGGGCCAACCCCAUCAUUACCCCGCCUCGCUCAGCGAACAGUCCUUCCGGCUUGACCGCCAUUACAGACAGCAGACAUGGCUAUUCGCUACCCCAUGGCCGUUGGCCUUAACAAAGGCCACCAAGUCACCAAAAAUGUCACCGCUCCCAAACACAGCCGCCGGCGCGGGCGUCUGACCAAACACAGCAAGUUUGUUCGGGACAUGAUCCGUGAAGUAUGUGGCUUUGCUCCGUAUGAGAGGCGAGCCAUGGAGCUGCUGAAAGUGUCCAAGGACAAGAGAGCCCUCAAGUUUAUCAAAAAGAGGAUUGGCACUCACAUUCGCGCCAAGAGAAAGAGAGAGGAGCUGAGCAACGUGCUGGCUGCCAUGAGGAAGGCUGCCGCUAAGAAAGACUAAUCUGUCACUCAAUAAAGUUUGUUAAACUACAAAAUUCAAA